AUGGAGCAAGAACGCCCACUCCAGCGUGCCCCGCCGCCUGCAUACACCCAGCACGAGCCUGAGUCGCUGCAUCUGCCCUCAGUACCAACCCAUAUACCCACUCACAACCAUCACCCCGACAAUGCAAGACUCCCAGGCAUCAAGUCGCUGCAUCUGCCCGAGACCAAACCACGUCAUACGCCACACACGUCCAUAGAAUACAGUCCGCGCACAAACUUCGAGGCAUCGCAUUGGGGCGUCUUGCCUGCUCCAAAUGGCACAACCUUCCCGAGCGUGCCAGAAAGCCUGCCACGCGAAGAUGUAGGAAGCCCCAUGGACACGUCUAGUAUACGGGAAACGAGCGUCAGUAUGGAUGACCCAGAUGUACGAUUGGCAGCCGAGGCGCUAAGCGGACUGGGCAACCCAGACUUUGUCCGUUCUCCCACAGCACGAUCUCUCACAUUGUCUGCCCGCCCACCCACUGCUGAACCACCGGAACCACUUCUGUCGCUAAUCACCUCGAAUCACCCAUGGUUGGGAAGCUCCAUCAAUGGCUCCAUAUCCGCUUACAACACGACAAAAGGGUACACGCCGCGUCUAGUCCAAUAUGGUGCCGAACUGCUCGAACGCAAUAUUGGAUCACCCGUAGUAAAUACUGUUUCGUCUGUAGGUAGAAGAACCGGCAUGGAAAAGAGCCUGCGCCGUUACCUGGGCGAAGGACAUCGCCGGCCUAGUGAUCUUGAACAGGGCGACAGCGACAGUUCUAGAAGUAAGAGACAGAGGAUUGCAAGUCCUGCAGAUGAUGCCAUGGAUGUAGAUGAUGCACUUGCGGCAGCAUCGCGAACAAGAGGGGGAUCUCAAUCUUCUUACUCUGAAUCUCUUCCAGCCUACGAUGAUCAGAGAUCUCCAAACUACGAAGAGGCGAUUGUAGGAGACACGGCUGGGCAAAAAGCGCCAGAACAGCGAUCCGAGACCCCACAAGACCGUCGCGUAAACUGGUCUACACAGCUCAUCAUGACCACCUCUGGUCUUGGUGUUGCUCUGUCCGAGACAUCACUGCGCUCCUUGAAAAUCUGCCUAGGUCUCCUCCGCAGCGCAACAACACACAUUGACUCCGUCAUGCGUGCACUCAAGCUGGUCCUGGAAGAAUACGAAGCCGCGCUGCGCAACCAAAGGGAGUCUUCGUCCAACAGCACCAACCACAACAUUGCCCAAGACGAAAAGGCCCAACUCAACGGCAACAUGGCACAAAUGGGCCUCGUAGAUUCCGACAAGGACGACCAAGUCCGCCGCUUCGCCGACCGCAUCAAAGAACUCUCCUCCGAUAUCUGGCAAACCCUCCAAUCAGUCGUGCAAUCCGUGUCCCGCUACACCGGCGGCGCCCUCCCGCAAAACGCCCAAACCGUCGUCCGCACCCAGCUCCUCUCCGUGCCCCAGCGCUGGCAACUCGCCAGCCGCAACACUAGCGGUAGCAGUAGUGGUGGUGACGAAGUCCGUGGCGCAAACCGUAUGCUAGCCUUUGCCAAAGAAGGGCUUGAUAUGAUGGGUCAGAUUACGACGGUUGUGGAUGGUACCGUGCAGAGUGCAGAGUGCUGGCUUCAACGUAUUGGACGGAGACCUGCGAAUGGGGAGGAGAAUGCAGGACAGGCGGGGGAGAGUCAGAAGACGCCUCUUGCGCUUGAGGCUGGGUUGGGGAGGGAUGAGAAGAGGUAG